AGCUUCGUUCAAUGGUAAAGACACAACAAUGUGAUGAUGCAAGACGUGUUGCGUUUAUAUAUAGGCAACGUAUCCGCAGACCAAGUCAUCUGGACUAGUUAACGUUACAUUGGGUACAACUAGCAGGUUAUACUGAUGUAGGUUAGGAGCAAAUUAGCUGCGCGUCCUGGAAAACGUCGCAAACAUUUACGAGUUGCAACAGGAACCAGCAACAUUUUUCUUCCUGAACACAAAGGUUGAGAAGACAGCAGGUUUGUGGCUGCGUGUUGAUGUAACAGAACAACCGGAACAGAACAGAGCUGAAGAUUAGAUGGACGGGUUUGCAGGUGACAUACUGAGCGGUGGCCGGGCGUUGCUAGGUGAGGACAGCUCGGUCAUGGCCCGCAUGCAGAAGAAGUUUUGGAAGACGAAGCAGGUUCUGAUCAAGGCCACAGGGAAGAAGGAGGAUGAGUACGUGGUGGCUUCUGAUGCCGACCUCGACGCCAAGCUGGAGUUGUUCCACUCGGUACAGACCACCUCCACUGAGCUGUUGAAGGUGAUUGAGAAAUACCAGCGAAGGAUCACACAUCUGUCUCAGGAGGAGAAUGAGUUGGGGAUGUUUCUGAGGUUCCAGGCAGAACACGACCGCACCAAGGCUGGCAACAUGAUGGACGCAACUAGCAAGGCCCUGUGUGCCUCGGCCAAGCAGAGGCUGGUCCUGUGCCCGCCCCUACACCGGAUGGAGCAGGAGGUGGAGACGUUUCGGCGGCGUGCGAUCGCUGACACGCUCCUGACCGUGACCCGGAUGGAGAAAUCCAGGACGGAAUACCGUGGAGCGCUGCUCUGGAUGAAGGACGUCUCUCAGGAACUCGACCCGGACACCUGUAAACAUCUGGACAAGUUCCGCAAGGUGCAGUCCCAGGUCAGAGGUUCGAAGGACCUGUUUGAGAAGCUGAAGAACGAUGUGUGUCAGAAGGUUGACAUGCUGGGAGCCUCCCGUUGUAACAUGCUGUCUCACUCUCUCUGCACAUACCAGAUCACCCUCCUCCAGUUCUGGGAGAGGACCGCCUGUGUGAUGAGUGGGAUUCAUGAGUCUUUUAAAGGCCUUGUCCCCUACCAGUUCACCACUCUCAAGGACCUCCGGGACCCUCUGGAGCAGCUGACUGAUUUAGACCUAACCAACCGGGACCAUAACAAAGAGAAGGACAUACCGAGUAACAGUCUGGUCUCUCUGGAUGAAGAGAAGCCAUCAGAAUCAGCCUCUGGCCCCUUCCAUGCUGCUGAUGGACUGAGCCACACCAGUGAAAGCUCUCUGUGUGCUAGUCUGGACUCUGCCCUGUGUGACCUCAGUGGGCAUCUCAGUACAGCCAGCACCGAUGACGAACUCUUACUCCUGGCCUGUGACCAGCCCCAGCCUGGCCUCUCCUCCUCCAUGCAGCCUCUGGCCCCUCUACAGACCACAGCAGCCUCUGGUGGUCCCUGGGUGUUUGGAGGUGGGGACCUCUCUGGAAGCUCUCUACUGCAGCAGGGUCCCAGGGUGGGGGACAAGGAGGAGGAGGACAGAGAGACUGGGGACAUGGCCUUUCUGAAGGACCUCCUGAGCCCUGGACCAAUGGACGCAGACGAGUUCAGUCGAGAGUGGCAAGGCACCUUUGGCUGCUUGGAGUUCUCUGACCCUGUCCCCCCCACCCCCACCCUAGUCCCUCCUCCACCUACUGGAGCGGCCUGCCCCCCCUCUCAGUCCCCCAGUCCCACCGGCUUCCUGCCCUCCCAGCUGCUGGACCACAGUCUGAGUUCUACAGGCUGGGCGACGCCUCCCAUGUUCCAGGCUCUGCCCCUACAGUCCCCAGUGUCGGGCCAGGUCCAGUCAGAUAAGGGUGGCCCAAAGUCAACAGCCAAUGUUCCUAAAGCUGCGUCGCGGGACAUGUCUGCAUGGUUCAACCUGUUUGCUGAUCUGGACCCCCUCUCUAACCCUGACACCAUCGGACGCUCUGAUGAUGAGAUCCUCAAUGCCUGAGGGGGGUGUGUGUAGUUACUGUAUACUUUGUAAUGUUUGUAAUAUUCUAUAUUGAUGAUUGAGGAGGAUUUGACUGAGAUUCAUCUUCUAUACAGGAUAUGUACUGUAAGUGGGGUGGGCUUAACCUUAGAGAUAUAAUAUAGAACCUAACACCUGAUUGGUUGGCCCAACAACCUAUCACCAGACCGGGCUCUACCAGUGACAUGGUCUAUAGUACUAAUUAUAAAGCGGGUAGUUUGGGUCCUGAAUUCUGAUUGGCUGAAACAGCAUUCCAGUGUUGUGUAUAUCAGACAAUAUACCACAACUCAUAGUUUCCUGUUCCGUUUAUGUUGGUGAGCAGUUUAGAAUAGCAAUACUGGGUUGGUGGUAUAUGGCCAGUAUAGCACUGCUAAGGGCUGUAUCCUGGACCUCUGCUUCGCGUCGUGCCAACAGCCCUUAUGCGGGGUAUAUUGGCCAUAUAUCAUUAAACACUUGGACCCAGAGACCCAGAACAUGGACACAGAGACCCAGAACAUGGACCCAGAGACACAGAGACCCAGAACAUGGACCCAGAGACACAGAGACCCAGAACAUGGACCCAGAGACCCAGAACAUGGACCUAGAGAACCAGAACAUGGACCCAGAGAACCAGAACAUGGACACAUGGACCCAGAACUAAAUCGUGCAGAUGUGAGUUAACUGAGAUGAUGUCUAAGAUGGUCUAAUCAUGUAAACUGCAGCAUCUGGUUCUUGUCUCCACUACAAGAACUGGAUUUGAUACAUCUCCCCAUCUCCCCGUACAGCCCUUUUAGCAGGUAGGAUUUAUACUGUACUGUAGUCACAUAGAUCACCUAGGAAACAGCUUGUUCUUCCUCACUGAAGCUCAUAUCACUGAUUCUGUUUUCAUGAUACAGGAACUCUAGAAGCUUUUCUCUGGAAUGCGUUUGAUGAUUGUUUAUCUUCUGAAUCCCCAUGAGCGAAAGCAGAAGCAGAUAGCUCUGAUCUUUUCAUGAGAAGAAUGGGAAUAUUGUGCAGACGUAAGUCUCACGAUGCAGUUUUUAUUACUUUACAGGGCAUUCAGAAAGUAUUCAGCCUUCACUUUAAUCCACAUUUUGUUAAAUUAUAGCCUUAUUCUAAAAUGGAUUAAAUCGUUUUUUCCCCCUCAUUAAUCUACACACAAUACCAUUUAUAAUGACAAAGCAAAAUAGCUUUUUAGAAAUGUUUGCAAAUGUAUUACAAAAACCCCCAGGAAAUAUCACACAUUCAUAAGUAUUCAGACCCUUUAGUCAGUAAUUUGAAGAAGCACCUUUGGUAGUGAUUACAGCCUUGAGUUGUCUUGGGUAUGAUGCUACAAACUUGGUACACCUGUAUUUGGGGAGUUUCUCCCAUUCUUCUCUGCAGAUCCUUUCAAUCUCUGUCAGGUUGGAUGGGGAGGCCUCUCCAGAGAUGUUCGAUCAGGUUCAAGUCCGGGCUCUUGCUGGACAACUCCUGCGUUGUCUUGGCUGCGUUUUUAGGGUUGUUGUCCUGUUGGAAGGUGAAACUUCGCCCCAGUCUGAGGUCCUAAGCGCUCUGGAACAGGUUUUCAUCAAGGAUCUCAUUGUACGUUGCUCCGUUCAUCUUUCUCUCGAUCCUGACUAGUCUCCCAGUCUCUGCCACUGAAAAACAUCCCCACAGCAUGAUGCUGCCACCACCAUGCUUCACUGUAGGGAUGGUAUUGGCCAGGUGAUGAGCAGGGCCAGGUUUCCUCUAGACGUGACGCUUGGCAUUCUGGCCAAAGAGUUCAAUCUUGGUUUCAUCAGACCAGACAAUCUUGUUUCUCAUGGUCUGAGGGUCCUUUAGGUGCCUUUUGGCAAACUCCAAGCGGACUGUCAUGUGCCUUUUACUGAGGAGUGGCUUCCGUCUGGACACUUUACCAUAAAGGCCUGAUUGGUGGAGUGCUGCAGAGAUGGUUGUCAUUCUGGAAGGUUCUCCCAUCUCCACAGAGGAACUCGAGCUCUGUCAGCUUGACCAUCGGGUUCUUGGUCACCACCCUGACCAAGACCCUCCUUCUCCAAUUACUCAGUUUGGCCGGGGCGAGACUCAUAGCAAACGGUCUGAAUACUUAUAUAAAUAAGGUAUUUCUGUUUCUUAUUUUUAAUGAAUGUGAGAACAUUUAGAAAAUCUGUUUCCGCUUUGUCAUUACGGGGUAUUGUGUAGAUUGAUAAGGAAAAAAUGAAUUUAAACUAUUUUAGAAUAAGGCUGUAACGUAACAAAAUGUGGAAAAAGUCAAGGGGUCUGAAUACUUUCCAAAUAAGCAUACAUACAGACAAGAAUGUAUAUCAAUCACAAAUGCUUUAUUUUAUUCAACUAUGCCUUUUAUUUCACUUAAAGGAUGUGUAACGUCAUAGGAUGAAUGCAACGGAAUGUCACAGGAUGAAAUGGUUAUCAACAGACAUGUUGAAGAAACUUUAUUAAACUGUUAUUUGAGAUGUU